GUUAGUGGUCAUCUAAGUUUUCUAACAAAAAACCAAGAAAAUGCUAAUCACACUUAAAGUUUUAAUAAACUUUUUAGUAUUUACUUUUUACAUAAAAAAUUCAAACAUAACAACGGCCACAUCGUUAUUUACAUCCAAGCAUUUAAAAUGCUAUAAAUGCAGUAGUCUUUUAGAUGAUGAUUGCAAAAAUGAAACAAAUGUCAUGCAAAGAUCCGAAUUUGAAGAGGAAUGUGCCGUGGGAGCCCAGGGUUGUGUUAAACAGUCUGUAAUAAGAUAUGAUGGAAAGGAAGCUACAUUUCGUGAGUGUUAUUAUGGUAGUAUUAGUUCUUUUUAUACAAGUUUUCUAUGCGAAGGCAUUAGCCGAAAUCGUCAAUACGAUGAGGUCCAGUGUUUUAAAUGUAAAGGUGAUUUUUGCAACAAUAACAACAGAUUGAUGAUUUCAAAAUAUUUAAUAAUUUGUUAUACAUUAAUUGUUAUGAUUAUUUAUUCUAUGUGAAGAAUGUAACUUAAACAUGUUAUGGUGUUUAUAAAAAUAAACGUUUACAAGUAAGGACUUAAAUAAGUCAUUACAUAUAGGUAGUUAAAUGAAUUCUUUUGUAUUACAUAAAAAACAU